AUGGGUUCAAGAGAACCGAUGCGCUCUGGAAGAUCAAAUUCCCCCAUGAGCCACCUCCGGCGGACAUCCCGCCAGAACCUCCGCCACCUUCACAACCCCCACCUCCGGACACAACGUUACCCCGCCCCAAUUCGACUAAAGCAAAAACGUCAUCCGUUUGCCUGCAGUAUAUGUAAACGAACAUUUCCGCUCCAAAAUGGAUUAACGCGCCGCCUUAGAUACAUGCACAACGUCAAAUGCCCUGCCCCAGAGAGAAAACGCCCGCGAGGCGACGAACCGAUACCACCAGAAGGAUCAGCAUCCCCUGUGACAAAUGUGAUAUGGUAG